AUGAGCACCAUUAGUUCUUUCACUCCUGUAAUUCAGUCUCCAGUAGUGACUCCCGCUUCACCAAGAAACAUUCAUCCGAAUCCUUUUGCUAGAUGUCAAACUAUUGGGACAAGUGGUGAAAUUGCACGUGAAACUACAACUUUUUUGACUUGCAAGUUAUUUGUCAAUGCCUUAAGCAAAUACUUGACUGUAAUUGGAGAAGAGAUUCGCGCCCCACCUUUUGUUGUCCAAACGAGUGUUAAAGCCACUGAUCAUCCAGUUAACUAG